AAAAUCCGGCAAACUGAAAACUGUCACAAAAUUGCAUUAUUUUUUAUGUAUGGCAGAACUACACAAAACAUAAUUUUAUUUUCCACAAAAAACUUUAAAUGCAAACAAAAAAUUAAAAUAAAAACUUACAAAAAUGUCUGAUUCGAAAUCAGGUAAAACAAGUUCAUUGAUUCCAAAGCCUGCAAACCUAGAAUGUAAAAACCUCCAAGACUAUUUGAGAACUCGGACGCACGAUGUCCUUGAGAAGCUUUACAAUUAUCCAACAAUUUGUUUAGCUGUUUAUAGAGAACUACCCGAAAUAGCCCGCCAAUUUGUUAUUCGUAUCUUAUUCGUAGAGCAACCAGUUCCACAAGCUGUAGUCGCUUCAUGGGGAUCACAACACUAUGCCAAGGAACAAGCAGCAUCAACAUCUUGUCUCACAGAGUUAAACAUUUGGCGAGUCACAGCCAUUCCCGGUGGACUCUCCGCCUGGGAACUCUGUCCAACGUUCAAAAAAAAUCUUAAGAUAGCUCUGCUAGGUGGUGGCAAGCCGUGGUCACUGUCUCAUUUGAUGGACAAAGAUGCCAAGCCAAGAGAUGUGGCAUUCCUUGAUAAUUACGCUAUGGCGCGAUGGAGAUGUGUUCUCCAUUACAUGGUUGGUGGCGGAACCACCAGCAAAGGUCAGGAUAGCGAAGGCAUCAGUCCAGAUGCCGUACGAAUUCUACUCCAUGCCAAUCUAAUGAAACGAGAUGAACGUGAUGGUACCCCAAGUAUAACACGACAAGGUUUUCAGUUCCUUCUUUUAGACACACGAUCACAGGUUUGGCACUUUAUGCUACAGUAUCUCGAUACCUGCCAGGAACGAAAUCUCAGCUUACCCGAGUGUCUAUCGAUGCUUUUCCAACUAAGUUUCUCGACACUUGGUCGUGAUUACAGUUCUGAAGGACUCAGUCCUAAGAUGUUGACUUUUUUACAACACUUGCGUGAAUUUGGUUUAGUUUACCAACGAAAACGUAAAGAAGGACGUUUCUAUCCCACCCGAUUGGCUUUGAAUGUCACAAAUAAAAACGGACCAGUUCCAACGGUUUCCAAUGAAGAAGACAAAAGUCAAGAUCCUGGCUAUAUUGUCGUGGAGACUAAUUACCGAGUGUAUGCCUACACUGAUUCAAACCUUCAAGUCGCUCUACUUGGUCUCUUCACAGAAUUGCUAUACCGAUUUCCAAAUUUAGUUGUUGGCGUUUUGACUCGAGAUUCAGUCAGACAAGCUCUACGCGGAGGAAUCACUGCCGAACAGAUUGUCAGCUAUUUGGAACAGUAUGCUCAUCGGAAUAUGAAGACAACAGAGUCGGCUAUCAAUACAAGAUCACCUCUGCCGCCUACAGUUGUUGAUCAAAUCAAACUGUGGGAGAACGAAAGAAAUCGAUUUGUUUACACUGAGGGUGUAGUUUAUAAUCAAUUCUUGUCGCAGGCCGAUUUUAUUACACUGCGUGAUUAUGCUCAGUCGAUAAAUGUUUUAGUAUGGCAAAGCGAAAGGAAUCGCACAAUGGUGGUUACAAAGAAUGGUCAUGAUGAUGUGAAGAAAUUCUGGAAACGGUAUUCCAAGAGUGGAGGUUAAAGUAGGGUUGUAAUGUAUU